ACAACGUCAUUUUAAAAAUUUGCUUAGGAUAAUACAUUUCCUAAAAGGCACAAGAUAACUACUGAAAAUAACCAUCAACAAUCGUGGUCAUCAAGUAAUACUCUUUAUAAAGAUUAUGGCACCAACAAAAAGAACCGUACCAGAUCAGUUCCUAGCUCAUCCUCUUCUCCGUCCUUACCGUUAAUUAAACGAUCAACCACAGGCUCAAGCAUUUCAUCUACGAGUUCUACCAUGUCUACUAGCUCUUGGGCUCAAUGGUUCUCUACGCCCCCUUCUCUUCCACCUAUACCUUCCAAGAAAAAACCUACAUCACCCGAAAAACGUGCUCGAGUGAUCAGAGAGUUGAUAGAGACAGAAAAGAGCUAUCAGUCAGACAUGGAGUUGGUUCAAGAGAUCUACUGUGAUCAAGUACCACUUUCAAAAUUAGAAAAAAAACAAGUGUUUGUCAACUUGACUGAUAUCAUCGUGUUUGAAAAGGAGUUUACUAGAUCACUCUGUCAAAUUGUAGACGGUGAUAAUAACGUGGGGCUACUCUGCCAAAUAUUUACAAACAUGAUGGGUCCAAUGGAACGUGUCUAUACUGAGUACUGCAAAAGGCAUGAAGACGCACUGUGUAAAAUACAAGAGCUCAGUCAGUCAAAUGAUACUGUUCAAGCUUACCUCAAAAAAUGUCAGCAAGAUAUUCAGGGACGCACAACAUGCUGGGAUCUACCAAGCUUGUUGAUCAAACCAGUACAGCGAGUACUCAAGUACCCUCUACUCCUCAGGGAGAUACUUCAGCUCACACCAGAGUAUGAUGUUGACUAUGACCAAUUGGUAAUAGUCACAAGCAGAAUGGAACAAGUAGCUGAUCACAUCAAUGAAAUCAAGAAACGAAAAGAUAUAGUUGAACAACUUUUGGUGAAUGAUCACAAAAAGAAAGUAGUUCAUAGUUUAAACAAGAAGUGGACACGAAAGGUGUAUUUGAAGAAACAGCACAGUGCUGCAGGUACACAGGAUGCCUUGUUUGACAAUAUCUAUCGACAGUUCGAGAGUCGACAAGAAAGCAUAAAACAGUUUGAGAAGCAAGCGCUUGAAUGGCUCACCAAGAUCAAAGAAAGUGAACUUUCUCUAAAGGAAUUAUUGUCUUCUUUUGAUAAACAAGACAACAUUCUAAUUGAGCAACUGUUAUCUCAAAUAGCACAUGAUAUAGCUUCAACGGAGACAAUGAUUCAGAUCUCCGUUUGCAAUAGGGUUGAAUCAUUUUUGAAACUCUUCAAGAAUCCAAUGCAUGUCAUUCAAAAGCGUAACCGGAAAUGGAUCGAUUAUGACCGAGCUUGCCAUAUCUUGUCAAAGGGAGAGGUGCCUGACAAGCAACUACAAGCAGAAGCCGAGGCCUAUGUAUCAUUGAAUGCUCACCUCUUAGAUGAACUGCCCAUUUUUUUGUCAUUGACCUCAAAUUAUUUCGAUAUCGUGCUUGAUGAAUUUGUCGGCAUUCAAGCAUUCUACUGGAGACAAAGACAAUUUGCUUGGCGGCCUCUCCUACGAUCGGCGUUUGAUAUGGAAUGGGCAUCAAUCGAUUCGGAACAUACAGCACAGAUCAGCCAAGUGCAACGGAAACUCUCUGUUCUAUUAAACGAUGAUGAAGAAGAACACGAUGAUGAGGGGCCUGUGAUGAGCUGGGUUGAUUUUUUACACGAAGCCAAGACAAAGAGUAGUAAAGACGAUAUACCAUACAUCCCAUCUAUACACGAUACUCAAAAGGGACUCUUUGAUGAACCCGUGUUUCGAUGUACAGUGUUGACUGAUUAUGAAACCAAAGAAAAGCUUAAAGUACAAAAGGGAGAUGUAAUACAAGUAUGGUUAAUCACUUCAGAUAAAGAUGAUGAACAGUGGUGGUAUGGUAGUAUGGACUCACAUCAAUAUGGUUGGUUUCCUUCUUCUAUCUGUAAAAAGCUAUAAUACAUUAUACAUAUACAUAAUUAUCACCCGUAAUCGUAGUAAUAAUCUCUUAAUAAACUUUUGAUUUUUGUGUAUUUCUGUGUAGGAGAGAGGAGAGAGGGGC